AUGGUUGAGAAGAUUUACAUCACUUAUAAUGACGUGCACAAGCUCUGCCAAGAGAGUGCCGUCAACAUCCUCAAGGACUUUGAGCCCCAGCUCAUGAUUGCCAUUGGCGGUGGUGGCUACGUCCCUGCACGUAUUCUGCGAUCCUUCCUCAAGCAGCCCGGCUCCCCCAAUAUCCCCAUCCAAGCCAUCGGUCUCUCAUUGUACGAACAACUCCCGGAGAUCGGCCCCAGCAGCGGCACUACCACACCAGGUGCUGUUGAGCAGAUCGGCCACAGGGUCACCCGCACGCAAUGGCUAGACCUCAGCAGUCUGGGUGGAAUGGAGAACCUGGUCGGCAAGCGCAUCCUCAUCGUCGACGAGGUCGAUGACACCCGAACCACACUCGAGUACGCCGUCAAGGAGCUCGAGAAGGACGUCGAGUCUGCCCGCCAGAGAAUGGGUGUACAAGAGAAGACGCAGUUCGCCAUUUUCGUCCUCCACAACAAGGACAAGAAGAAGAAGGGCACCCUUCCCGACGACAUGAUGGCAAAGGAGCGAUACCAUGCUUCCCGAACCGUCGAGGACGUUUGGAUUUGCUAUCCCUGGGAGGCUUUGGACAUUGACGAGCAUGACCACCUCGCAGAGAAGCAGACGAACCGAACCGGCAGUGCAAACUAG